AUGGCUAAUGAAGAUGAAAACAAAAGACCACAACCAUCCCAAAUAUUAGAAUUCAUUUGUAAACACAAUGAACUUUUAAGACAAUCAUCUGGGGAUCUCAUUCAUAGAAAUCUAAAAGAAUCAUUAUAUUUUGUUAAUCAAAAAUUCAAUUUUUUUGAAAAAAGUACAAUUCCAAUAGAAUUUAAUUUAAACAAAUUCAAUUUAAACAACCAAUCAUUAAAUUUAUUUAAUAAUAAUAAUAAUAAUGGUUUUGAUAUUACCAAAGAUUAUAAAUAUAUUAGUUGCCUUGCAAGAUCUACUAUAAAGGAAUAUUAUAUCAUUAUUGAUGGAAAGUAUUUUAGUUUGUAUUCUUUUAAAAACAGUUUACAUCCAUAUUAUUUCGAUCUAUUGUUUUCUGAAGAAAUGUUUUCAUUUUAUUUUAUGGAAUGUUCAAAAGUUUUUCCAUUAAGUUUAGAACCACAAUAUAUAUUUAUGGGUAUCAAUGUAACUAAUUAUUUAAUAGCCAACCCAACCGAAAACAAUUUAAAACAAAUAUCAAUUCAAAAUCCAAAUACCAUAACAAAGAAAAUUCAAUUAAUAUUAUUAUUUAAAUUAAUUUUAUUAUUUUUUCAAAUUUUCGAAAAAGGAGAUUCCAAAAUGUUGAAUUUAUAUUUUGAUAAUUUUAGUGGUUUACAAGUAUUUUUAACAAACAAAAAUGAAACUACCAAAGAUGAAGAAAAUCAAGAACCAUUCAAUGAUGUUAAGUUUUCAAUACUCUCUACUAUUUUUAAUCUAACUGAGAAACCACCUAACUUCAUAGAAAAUGUCUUCAAAGUCUAUAAUAUAGAAACCAAAGAUCCAGUCAUUGAUAAGAUUUAUGACUAUUUUAAUACAACCUUCGAAAAGGCAGAAACACCAGUUUAUUUUCAUUAUAAAUAUAUUUAUCAAAUUUUAGAAAAUGAAAAAGAAAGAUUAAUAAAUGAAAACAAAUACUUAAUGGAAUAUUAUGAUAAGUUAGAUACAAGCUAUAACAAUAUUUUAAAGAAAACUUCUAUUCCUGAAGCAUUUGUUAUUAUUAAACAAGUUAAACUAUUUCAUACAAAAAUCUCAAAAAAUUUACCAAUUUUUAUAGUUUAUCUUGAAGGAGAGGUUUUUGGUGCAUUUUCAGAAAAAAAAUUUGGUCUAUAUCCUAUUAUUGUUGACCAAAUAAACUCUGUUUUAGAAAAAAUUCAAUUUGAACCUUUAUUAAAACCCUCAAAAAAAAUCAACUCUGAUCUUUUAUUAUACGAUUUACCAACCAAAUUAAAAGAAAGCAUUGAUCAAUAUUCAGAUUGGGAGAAAAAAAGAUCAAUGUUUACUGAUGAGGAAAAGAAUAAUUAUUUUAUGAAACUAACCAAUAAACAUUUAAACAAUGUAAUCCAAUUAAAAUCAAUUAAAGACUAUCAAUUCAUAUAUGGUUUAGAAACUAUUAUUGUUGGUGAAGAAAUAUUUUAUAUUUUCGAUUAUUUAUUUAAAAGUCCAUUUAAUUUAGUUGGUUCAAUUUAUGAUAUUGCUUUAUACGUUUAUGGUCAAGAAGAUAGCUGUCAACAACUCUUAAAUUUAAAUUUCUUUAAACAUUUAAAUUAUUUAUUUUGUUAUUGUGUAUUGGUUGUCAAAGGUCAUUCAAAAAUUGAAUAUUCCCCAUUAAAUGGUUUAUAUUAUUUAAACAGGUUAUUAACCACCAAUAAUAAUAAUAAUGAUAAUCUCACCAACUACUCAAAAAUAACGAUUGGUUCUAUUAAAUAUAAUAUUUUAGAAAUUUUAAAUUUAAACCAUCACAAAGAUAAUGAUUUAUAUUAUGAUUAUAAAACAAUGAUUUUAUUAUUAGAAACCACCGAUACAAAUGAAAAAAUUUAUUGUAUUCGAAAACAAAAGAAGGAUGUUUUGACUGAAGAAAUGAUAGAUGAAGUUAAAUUUGAAGAAAUUGAUAAUAAUAAGUUUAAAGAAUUUAAUAAUAUAAUCAUUACUCCAUGCUAUAUUGUUCAAGAUAUUAAUACAUCUUAUUAUUUCUUUAAAUCGGAAUUAAAAAUCAAAUCAAUAAAAGAUAUAAUUGAAAAAGAUUACAAUAACAUCAGCAUAACAAGAUCAUUAUUAUAUUAUUUGGAAUAUUUUGUUUCAAACCAAUCAAACUCAAGUCAAGUGAUUUUAAUUAAAUCAAAAUCAGUUUUAGAUCAAGAAACAGAAGAUUUUUUAAUUAAUUUCGAUGUUUCAUAUUUUAUAAAAAGAGUCUAUGGUAUUUAUAUUGAAAAUAGAAAUUGGGAUAAAUAUAUUAGAACAAUUUAUUCAGGUAAAUCACUUUAUUCAAACUAUUUCAUAACCAAUAAAAAUAAAAUAUUAAAUGAUAAAACUAGUUUAGAAAUUAUUGAAAGAAAUAACGACAAAAUGAAAGAUAUUAUUGGUUAUGACAAAAUAUUUAUUAUUGAAGAAAUUGAAAAAAUUAAAGAAAAUGUUCAUUUAGUCAAAAUAAAUGAUAAGUUUUAUAUUCGAAAAAUUACAGGUUCAAUUAGAGAAACCAAAGAAAUGUAUUUAACUGAUGAAAAUUGGGAUUUUAUCCAACCUAUUUCUAAAUAUAAAAAUAAUUUUCUCUAUGUUAAAAAAAAAGAAAUUCUGUCAGAACAAUUCUCAAAUUUUGAAAUCGAUAUUUUAAAACAUCAAUUUAAUUCAGAGUUUUUAAUAUUAAACAUGAUAAAAGGGAUGGAAAGAGUUGUUCAAAUAUACGACUAUUAUUUAGAUGAUGAUUUAAUUUUCAUUUUAAUAGAUUACUGCGAAAAAACAACCAAUCUCUCAAAAUAUAAAAUAAAAGAUCCAUCACAAAUUACUUUAAUAUUAAAACAAAUGGUUAAAAUUUUAGAAAAAUUAAAAGAACAUGAUAUUUAUCAUUGCGAUAUCAAAAAUGAAAAUAUUUUAAUUCAAGAGAAUAAUGGUGAAAUACAAUGUAUUUUAGCUGAUUUUGGUACUUCAGGAAUUGGUUCAGAGUUAAAGAAAGAUGAAAAGAAAUAUUACUCGAGAAAUGGAAGCAGAAAUUACCAACCACUUGAAAUUUAUAUCAAAAAAUACAGAAGCAAAAACCCAGUUAAAUCACUUGAAAAUAAAUAUGAUAUCUUUAGUUUAGGUUGUGUUAUCAAAUCCUUAUUUAAUGAAAAUAAAUUAAAAGCAGACAAAGAUAUUAAUACAAUUAUUGAAAAAAUGACCCAAUUACAUUAUGACGAACGUAUAAAUUUAAAAGAAUUAAAAGAAUUAACUGAUCAUCUUUAA